GGACAUGCCCGACUCAACCCUCUGGGGCAGCCCGAGCUGCCAGCAGCCCGCCGCCGCGCGCCCGCCGCGCCGCGCGGGACCUCUUCGGCUCGCGCCGCGCCGACGACCUCGGCGAGCGCGGCGCGCGGGCGCCGACGGGCCCGCGCGCCGCGGAGAAGCGGGGGCCACGCCCCCCCCCGCGGAGAAGCGGGGGCCCGCGCGGCGGAGCGCCGGUGGGGCGCGCGGCCGCGCGGGCGGCGGGGCCCCAAAAAGCCAGAGCGCGGAGCCCGCCCGCGCGCCGCGAGCGUCGAGGCGAGGAUCCCGAGGAGGAGAGGAGGAGGAGGAGAUGGAGGAGGAGGAGGAGGAGGAGGAGGACGAGGAUCACAUCGGGCGAGGAUCAGUCCACGGGGACCUCCGGCCGCAGCGGCCGCGGCGCCCUCGACCGAGCUCCAGCACCAUUGGGCCCAAACCUCGGGCGUCCUGCGGAGUGCGCGGCGCGGCGGCGCGGCGGCGGCGCGACGCGACGCCGGGGCGAACAUUCGGCGGCGCGACCAGGGCGGUGGGGGAAGCGAGAGGGGGCAGGCCUUCUUAGAAUUAGAGGCCGCCGCCCAAGCUG